AUGGGACCAGGUCCAAGUCGGGAAGAGAAAGAACGAAGACGACGGAUUCAAAAAGAAGAUAGAAUUCGAAAGGUUUUAGAAGAAGAAAAAGAAAGAUACGAGAAGAUGAGAGAGCAGCAAAGAAAGUCAGCUGAACAAGAAGAAGAAAAACGUAAAAGGUUAAGAGAAGAAUGGCAUAGGGAAGCAGAUCAGCGUCAACGAAAGGAAGAUGAACGAAGACGAAAAAUUCAAGAAUUAGAUGAUAGAAUUCUAAUUUUUUUGAAGGAAGAAAAAGAAAGAUACGAGAAGAUCAGGGAGCAGCAACGAAAGUCAGCUGAACAAGAAGAAAAUGAACGUAAAAGCGAAAGAGAAGAAGAACAUGAAUGGGAGAGAAAAGAACGGCAGAAGGAAGAAGAACGUGAAAGAGAAGAACGGCAGAGAGAGGAAGAAGAAGAACGCCAACGAAAAGAAGAAGAGGAACGUGAAAGGUUAAAAGAAGAGAGUCGACGAAAGGAAGAAGAACGUCAGAGAGAGGAAGAAGAAGAAUGGCAGAGAGAAGAAGAGGAACGUGAAAGGGUAAAAGAAGAGAGUCGACGAAAGGAAGAAGAACGUCAGAGAGAGGAAGAAGAAGAAUGGCAGAGAGAAGAAGAGGAACGUGAAAGGGUAAAAGAAGAGAGUCGACGAAAGGAAGAAGAACGUCAGAGAGAGGAAGAAGAAGAAUGGCAGAGAGAAGAAGAGGAACGUGAAAGGGUAGAAGAACAGAGUCGACGAAAGGAAGAAGAACGGCAGAGAGAGGAAGAAGAAGAAUGGCAGAGAGAAGAAGAGAGUCGACGAAAGGAAGAAGAACGGCAGAGAGAGGAAGAAGAAGAAUGGCAGAGAGAAGAAGAGAGUCGACGAAAGGAAGAAGAACGUGAAAGAGAAGAACGGCAGAGAGAGGAAGAAGAAGAACGCCAACGAAAAGAAGAAGAGGAACGUGAAAGGUUAAAAGAAGAGAGUCGACGAAAGGAAGAAGAACGUCAGAGAGAGGAAGAAGAAGAAUGGCAGAGAGAAGAAGAGGAACGUGAAAGGGUAAAAGAAGAGAGUCGACGAAAGGAAGAAGAACGUCAGAGAGAGGAAGAAGAAGAAUGGCAGAGAGAAGAAGAGGAACGUGAAAGGGUAAAAGAAGAGAGUCGACGAAAGGAAGAAGAACGUCAGAGAGAGGAAGAAGAAGAAUGGCAGAGAGAAGAAGAGGAACGUGAAAGGGUAGAAGAACAGAGUCGACGAAAGGAAGAAGAACGGCAGAGAGAGGAAGAAGAAGAAUGGCAGAGAGAAGAAGAGAGUCGACGAAAGGAAGAAGAACGUGAAAGAGAAGAACGUCAGAGAGAGGAAGAAGAAUGGCAGAGAGAAGAAGAGGAACGCCAACGAAAUGAAGAAGAACGUGAAUGGGAAAGAGAAGAACGUCAACGACAGAUUAAAGAAGAAGAAGAAAGAAUUCGAAAGGUUUUAGAAGAAGAAAAAGAAAGGUAUGAGAAGAUCAAAGAGCAGCAAAGAAAGCUUGAUGAAGAGAAUCGAAAAAUAAAUGAAGAAAUACAAAGAAGAGAACUAGAACGGUUGGAAGACAUUUGGAAGAAGGAGCAAGAAGUUGAAAAUGCGAUAAUUGCGGCCGAAAUCAGGGAAAGAGUCCGGAGAAGGAAGGAGGAAGAAGAGGUAAGUUAUUUUUAUUUGUAAACUUAUAAACGAAGGGUUUUAGGUGAUAUUUUACUCAAUUUCAGGUAAAAAUUUAAAUAUACAAAUUAUGAAUUUUAGGUAAUACAUACUUUGAGAUACUUUAAAUUUUCAUUAGAACUCAUUAUUAGCUAGUUUUAUUGUUAAAUGUUUUCGCUUUUUGUCUUGACAACAUAAUAUUUGUUAGAUAAUAUCUUAUCUAAGUUUUUCAGGUGCGCAACAACAACAUGAAUGAACAUAGCCAUAAUGAUGAGCAUUAUUAUCGCUAUGAUCCGAAAAACGAGACACACGAUGAAUACAUGGCAAGAAGAGCUGAAAAAUUGGCUAAACGUGAUGAAGAGAACAAAAUGAAUCGAAUCUUGAAAGACGCCGACAUGAUGUCAGAAGCUGCUCGUGAACGAGAUAAGAAAAGCGCGGAAGAACAGGAAAGGCAGAAGAAGAUAAACCAACACAACAAGCUGAGAAAGGAACAAAAAAGACAGAAAUUGGACGAGAAGCAUGAUAAGAAACAAGAGAAGAACGUGAAUUCGAAGCUGAAGAAUGAUAGAAGCGUUUUGAAGGCCAAGAAUGAAGCUACACACAAGGAACGUCACAAAACGAUCAGCACCAGCUCUGAGAAAGAUGAUAAAGGUAAUGGAGGUAAGGGAAAAGAUGGCAAAGGGAAAGGAAAAGAAAGAAAGGUCAAUGGAGGUAAAGGAAAAGAUGUAAAGAAUGGAAACGGAAGACAGAGAACUAAUGGAUGUAGUUAUCAAGAAAGAAUGCAACAUUUGGCCGAUUGGAAGCAGAGGAUGGCCGAAAGAGCCGCGAACAAAGAAAAUGAGGAUAGCGUGUUGUUGUACUAA